UCCUGCAUUAAAGGCAGGUUUAAACUUGUGACACAAUUACUGCUGAUGUUACGUGGGAUGCUAGUGCAGCUUAAGGAAGUUAAAGCUGCUGCUGCAUGCCCCAGCAGAGCUUCUGGUUUUCAAGAUCUGGGCAAUCGGGUAUGCUGCCUUUCUGAGAAUUCCUGCCUGUGAAAGUGCAUGGUGUACUGGAUUGAUGAUGCAGCUUUUGAUAAACAAUGUCAUAUGUUUUUAAGGCAGCUAGAAGUGUACCGUUGUCUCCCUCUUUGAAAGUGACUGAUUGUUUGAGGUGUCUUGUGAGACAUCUUAAAAGAGUCUUAAAAAAAACCCCAGAAGGAUAUGCGUCUCUAUCAAAUCUGCAAACACAUCUGAGAUCUCUGUAUUGCAUACCCUUCUUUUAACCUAUUUUUUCAACCCAUCAGAAAGAGCCUGUUCAGCUGAGGAGGUCGGUGAGGAAUUGCUCUUUCAUAUGUUGGAGUGUCUGAGUAGCUGUCACCGAACUUUGCCCCCAGGCACUUGUCCUAUAGUAGCCAGGUGCCCCCAAACCCUCCACUCUGACUGAAGUCCACAGCAGUUACCUUGCACAGUUGUCAUGAGGGAGUGAAAACAAGUCUUGGAUCAAGAAAUCCCAAAGGACUCUGGAGUAUUUGCUUUGCAUUUUUAGUUUUGUUUGUUUCAAAUGUUACCUUUGGACACUGGCAGAUAAGUUGAUUCUGAGAGCCCUGAUGCUCCUUGUUGUCUUACCUAGUGUAAUAAUGAGGGUUUUGCAUUACUUAGUGUUUCUCUGGCUCUCAUUUUUCCAGCAUCGGGUGCUGAUACAUCUUUUGAUUCUUGGGUACGCUUCUCUGUAUUUUAGAGUUAUGUUUUACAAUAUGUGUAUUUUGCUACAGGCUUCUAAUUUAACAACUAGAGUAAUUAGGAAAUCCAAAUGGCAUCACACUGAUGUAUUACCACUCUUUUUUCUGGCCCAGUGAAGGCAUUGUGGGUUUUCUUCUUGCCUGAUAACCCAACUAUCUGUAAUUACUAUAUAGACACGUGCUUGAUGAAGUAUUUGUUACCCUGUGUUGUUAUUGUCAGUUAUAUUAUUUCCUUGUUGACAUUUUUGCUGAAUUGUGCUGAAAACUACGUUAAGAAAUUUAAUAUCUCCUUAAAGUACAGAUACUUAGAGUUAAAAAUUAAAUAGGAACAUUAUCUAAAUUCUGGCAAACUCUGCUCGUGUGAUUGUUUAGAGGGGGCUGUGUUUGGAAUAGACCUGUACAAAAAGGCUGCUCCUCUGCCUUCUGAACCAUUCCCAUAGAGGAUCCAGCGGAGAGCCCUGGCACUGGGUCCAUGUCCUGCUAAUCCUGCCCUUGCAUUCUUAAGCAACUGUGGUACUAGGAUUGUUGGUCUUGUCAUCUGUAUAUGAAUGUAAGCCCUACUGCAAACAUCAGGGACAGAGGGCUUCAGAUGGUUAUCUGGCCAGGAGGAAGGGCACAGGAAGGAUCUGAGCAAUGGGUCCUUGAGAACAUUUGGAAAUACUCCAGUGGUACCAGGUUAUUCUUUAACACUUUAGACAACAAAAGGACGAUUAAUUCCAGAUUGUGUAAGGAGCCAAGAAUCAGAGUUCAGCCAUAAGGUUUUGUUUGGGAAGAACGUCUGGAGGGAUAAUUCUCUAUUUUUUUUAAGGUUGUCUUACAGGUGUUAGUCAGAGUUGGAGCUAGCAUCCUGCCCACGUGCAGUCAGGUAGCUGAUGAGAGUUGGAGGCAUCCUGCCGUGCAGGCUGGUGGGGGAUGCACAGAGCUGCUUGGCUCAUGCCCUCCCUGGGUGUGAGGACUCACACCACACAGCCCUUCUGUUUCUGAGCAGCACUCAAUGACGUUUAUCUAAACAAAGAGUUACAGGCAGCUGCAGUUCAUUGAAUAAUAAGAAAUUAAUAGAUGCAGCACAAAUGAGGGUUGCUCUGUGAAGGUUACGCUAAAAUUCACAGCAGUUUUUAACAGAUCUACUGUCAGCAGUUUUGAUUUUCUGAGAGAGAAUCCUUCCUGGGCCUUCUCUUAAACCUUAAAAUAAGCCAGAAUGAUUCAGCUGCUUUAUAGCAAUUGCUGUUAAAUUUCAGGAAAUGUGCACUUAGUAUGUGCUGUACCACCUGUAGAGUGUACAGGCUUUGCUGUUGUCAGAGCCUGGGCUUCUGAUGAUGGCUUUAAGCAAUUUGUGACAAUGCUGAGAACGUGGCAUCAAGUGACUGUCUACUCUGCCAGAUAAAGUGCUUACCUUGAAUAUCCUGCAGCUUCCUGAGCCCCAGGUAUAGGGAAUACACAGGAUGAAUACACAUCCCUGAGGAUGUGGUUCCACAGCCCUGCCCCACCCCUGUGUGCCGGUGUGUAGCAGUUCAUUGAAUGAAGUCUGUGGGUGGUGCCAAGGCAGUAGCGACCUCAUUGGUGCCUCAGAUAUGUUGCAAUUUCCAGGUCUGAUGUUUUUUUCCAAGUGUACAGGCGGUGUGAAGAGAGGCAUGCUUUCUUUUCCUGUGGUCAUUACGAGGUGACGCAUGCCGAGGUAAGCAGGGCUUGUUGUUGAACAGAGUGCAUCGGCAGUUGGAUGCAGCUGAUUUUCACCUAAGACCAGGCUGGAGAGAGCACUCUUGCAGGAGCCUUGAUCUCUGGGAGUUCUGAAGGCUGAAAAAAUCACAGAUCACAAAAUUUUCACCAUGAAGAGCUCCAGAAAUGUUUUCUAUCUUCUCUUCUUUCACGCUGCUCUCGGCCUGGAGCGUGUCCGGUGGUGCACAGUGUCUGAACCAGAACUUUCCAAGUGUAAUGGCAUGAGCCAGGCCUUUAGUGACGCUGGCAUCCUUCCCCCUCUGGAGUGUACAGCAGGGGGGUCAGCUGCUAACUGUACCCAGAUGAUCAAGGAUGACUUGGCAGAUGCAGUGACCCUGGAUGGCCGUUUGAUUUUCCAGGCUGGAAGGGAGCAUGGUCUGAAACCUGUGGUUGGGGAAGUAUAUGAUCAAGAGAUUGGAACUUCCUAUUAUGCUGUGGCUGUGGUAAAGAGAAGCUCCAACAUCACCAUCAAGAGCCUGAAGGGAGCGCGCUCCUGCCACACCGGCAUCAACAGGACUGCGGGCUGGGAUGUGCCAGUGGGGUACCUCACUGACACCGGGCACCUGGCAGCAAUGGGAUGUGACCUUCCAAAAGCUGUAAGUGACUAUUUCAAUGCAAGCUGUGUUCCUGGAGCAAAUGGUGUGAACUAUCCCAAAUCCCUCUGUCAGCUCUGCAAAGGGGACUCAGAAGGACAGAACAAAUGUGAACUAAAUUCCCAAGAGCAAUACUAUGACUACAGUGGGGCUUUCAGGUGUUUGGCUGAAAAUGCUGGAGAGGUCGCUUUUGUGAAGCACAGCACAGUGCCUGAAUAUACAGAUGGGAGAAGCCUUUCUUCCUGGGCCCAGCGGCUCCGCUCCCGGGACUUCCAGCUGCUGUGCGGCGAUGGCAGGAGAGCUGAUGUGACAGAGUGGAGAAGCUGCCACCUGGCCCGAGUCCCUGCUCGGGCCGUGGUUGUGCGGCCUGACACAGACGGGGCAGUUCUCUUCCGGCUCCUCAACCAGGGACAACAAAGAUUUAAUGGGGUGGGCGCCAAGUUUCAGAUGUUCGACUCUGCAGUCUACGGUGCCCAGAAUCUUCUGUUCCGAGAUGCCACCACAGAGCUUGUUGCAAUCACAGCUCAGAAUUACCAGGCAUGGCUGGGUGAUGAGUAUCUUCGUGCCAUGCAAGCUCUGAGCUGCAACCCCAAUACAAUGCCAGAAAGCCUGAACUGGUGUGUUGUAUCCACUGAGGAGAUUUGGAAAUGUGGUGAAAUGGCCAUUGCCUUUAGAAAAAAGAAUUUGAAGCCAGCAAUUCAGUGUAUUUCAGCCAAGACAAAGGAAGAGUGCAUGGAGCUGAUCCAGAAAAAGGAAAGUGAUGCUGUAGUUCUGGGUGGAGCUGAUAUUUACACAGCUGGGAAGACAUAUGGCCUUGUGCCAGCUGCUGGAGAAAGUUACUCUGCUGAUGACAGCAGCAAUGCAUACUAUGCUGUGGUGUUAGUGAAACGAAAUGCGUCCAAUGCAUUCACCAUCAGUGACCUGAGAGGGAAGAAGUCCUGCCACACAGGAUUGGGGAGAAAUGCUGGAUGGAAUAUUCCCAUUGGUGUACUAAUUAAGAGGGGGAUUAUUAGGAACAGAGACUGUAAUAUUCCUCAAGCUGUGAGUGAGUUUUUCUCUGCCAGCUGUGUGCCCUCAGCUGAGCAGGACAAUUACCCAGCAAAGCUCUGUCAGCUGUGUAUUGGAGAUGAGAGUGGAAACAACAAAUGCAGUGCAAGUAGCCAAGAACGUUACUACAGCUACAGUGGAGCCUUCAGGUGCCUGGUAGAGGAUUCUGGGGAUGUGGCCUUUGUGAAGCACUCUACAGUGUUUGAGAACACAGAUGGUAAAAACACUGCUAGUUGGGCCCAGAAGUUGAAGUCCAGUGAUUUCCAGUUACUGUGUCCAAAUGGUGCCCGUGCUGAAGUCACCCAGUUUGCCAACUGUCACCUGGCUCAGGUGCCAGCUCAGGCUGUUAUGGUUCACCCAGAUGUCAAUGUUUUUGCUCUGUAUGGACUACUGGACAGAGCCCAGGUCUACUUUGGAAAUAGCAGCAAUGGAAAUGGAUUCAAAAUGUUUGAUUCUUCAGCUUUUCAGGGAAAAGACUUGAUUUUUAAGGAUUCUACUGUUGAGAUUGUGCCAGUGAAAGAGAGGAGAACAUACACAGAAUGGCUGGGGAGUGAAUAUAUUGAGUCCCUUGAAGGGAUGCAAACGCCCCAGUGCUCUGGGGCAGGUAAUAAGAUAACACAGUACUCACUCAUGGCUACUGUCAUUCCCCUGCUUGCUCUAUGUCGGAUACAAGGCUUGGACUAGCACGGUCCAAGUGGGAACUUCCAGGCCACCUCUGCCCUGCCACCUUCUCUUCAGAAAAGCUGCUGUCUGGAUAACAUGCUGUGCUACCAUGUGAAUGCCUCUUCCUGCCUCUUUGCAGGGCAAAUGCCAACAGCAUCUGCUCAUCAGGGAGUGGGGUAGGGCUGGAAGCUGCCCCUGUCUGUGUGGAUGGGGUGGAAUUUGGGGCAGAAACCAGCAAUACAGUAUCAACAUGGUUUGCAAGAUCAGUCUAAAACUGGAGCAUCUCUGCCAUUGUUGCUGAUAUUGAACCACCCAGGAUUCCCAAGAACUGUUAGAUGGAUUCUGGGUUUCUGACCUAUAGAAGAAUUUCUUGGAAGGCAAUAUCAAAACCCUCGUCUAGUGGAUUCUCUCUCUAGUGGCCUCCUGGCUGGCUAUGCUCAGACUCCACAUCCCUGCUUUACCCAUCCUACUCUGUUUCUCCUGAGCUCCACUGCCACAAAGGUAAGUGCACAGAGAAUGGACAGGCUGUAAAUAAAGAUCAGUCCAGAUUCUGCCAUGGACAAAGUCUUCUACCUUCCAGCAGAAGAAAGUAGGGGAAAUUUCCAAAGUCACUGGAUGAAAAAGAAGCCCAGAGAGACUGGAAGGGGGAUUACCCUUUGACAGAUAAAAGAACAAAGCCAAACUUGAGCAUCCACUGAGCUUAUUGACUUUCCACACCCAGUGCUCUCAUGGCUGGCCAGAGAUGUCCUGAGAUCUUUAGUUUGAUGCAGCCUUCGUCAAGAACCUCAUGACUGUCAAGAACCUCAUGACUGUCCUCCUUCCACAGGGGGCAAUCCUGAGUGCCUUGUGCAUGAAAUUUGUAUUUGCUGUAGGUGAAACAAAGUACUUCACUUCUGAGUAGCCAUUUCUACUGGCUGUAGUCUUCAAGUUUUAUUUUUAUCCAUAGCUGCACUAAUCACAGAUGUUGCUGUGCUGCUGGCAGGCACUGCCCUCCUGACUGUAGAGACCACCUCAUGAUCCUGGGAUGAACAGACAUUUAGUAUAAUAAAAACCUGGUAAAGCCAGAUAGCAAUCACAUAAAUUAGUGAAAAUAGCAAAUAAACAUGAAAACUUCAAUCACACUUUAACCAGCCUGGUAGCUAAACGUCUGCUUUUCUGGGACAUGAAUAUUUGCCUUUCCCUUUCACUGCCCACUGUUCCAUUGCUCCCAGUUCCUGGGGCUGGAGUGGGACACAGACUGAUCCCAGCCCCUGGCUGUGCCCGGUGGGGUGAGUGUGUGUGCAGGGAGCAGUGGUGCCAUGCCCAGCACUCAAAGCCAUGACUGUGGGCAAGCUGUGCCCAGCUGCAGCCCCUGCUGUGUUUCUUCUCCUUGUGCUCUUGGUCAGUUAUGAAACAGCAGCUGAAUAGGAGCCGGCAUGUGCCCAGGUGGCCGGUGUCAUCCUGUCUGGCCUGUGUCAGGCAUAGUGUGGCCAGCAGGAUCAGGGCAGUGAUUGUCCCCUGCACUUGACACUGGUGCACACCUUGAGUGCUCUGUCCAGUUCUGGGCCCUUCGGCUCAGGAAGGACACUGAAGUGCUGGGAUGUGCCCAGAGAAGGGUCUGGAGCACAAGUGCCAUGAGGAGCGGCUGAGGGGGCUGUGGGUGUUUAGCUUGGAGGAGGCUCCAGGGUGACCUUAUCCUGCUCUACAACUCCUGACAGGAGGGAUGCAGCCUGGCGGGGUUCGGGCUCUUCUCCCAGGCCGUGACAGGAUGACAGAACAUACUCAUAGAACUCAAACUGUCAGGAUGGACCGAGGAGGAAUUCACAGAAAGGGUGCUUAGACACUGGAAUGGAUUGCCCGGGAGGUGGUGGAGUCACCGUCCCUGGAGGUGUUGAAGGGAGGACCGGACGUGGCGCUCCGUGCCGCGGUGUGGCUCGC